AUGAAAACCGUCUUGCAAGUCAUUCUCUUGGCAUCCCAAUCGCGUGCCAGAAACCACCUAGCGGGUCUAAUAUGUCUUUCGCAAGCGCGUGCGCGUGUCGAUUUCGCAGAAGUGGUUACUAAACUUCACGUACGUGACGUGCUCUGUAUUGUACGUCACAGUAUAGCCGAUACUACGUUGAGCGAUUAUGUCGAUAGAAAUCCCGCAACGACUACAGCGCCCACCAGUCAACGUGGUACGGUAAAGAAAUUCAUACAAAUGCUGGAGUUGCGUGCCAAAGCAUUGGGUCGGUGCAUGUUCAACUAUGAUGAAAUCAAGGAUAUGGCCGGACAAGCGGGUAUCGCGUGUGGCGUUAGCAAUUUGGUGGAAAUAGCCAAUUUACAAGGUUAUCUGCUGAAGAAGGGACCAAAUGUGUACGAAGUGAUGAUCGAUUAG